UUUCUGAAACUGAAUUUUCAAUUCAGUCUGUGAAAACGAGGAAGAAAAAUCAAAAGAAAAUUUGAUUAAAUACCGAGAAAUCGGCGGGCAGGUACUUUUUUCUGUUCCUUUAAAUGUUUUGAUGGCGUCGCCGAAGGUGAUGGCAUCAAGUUCACCGUCCAAUCCGGAUCUUCCACGUAAGGUCACCACAACCUCCACCUUAAAUCUUCACUCCGAUCGCGCCCGGGGUUUCGAGUCCAUGAACAUGGACGACAUACUCAGGAACAUCUACCCCGAUUCCGACGCAUUCGCUCUGGAGAGCAGCGGCGGCGUCGGGGGAGGACGAGGAGGAGGAUCGGCCGCCGUCGAAUGCGGCGGCGGUGCGGAAUCGAGGAAUGCCAACGGGAGCAAGACGGUGGACGAGGUGUGGAGGGAAAUCGUGAGUGGCGGGGGUAGCGCGGAGCCGGGGAUGACUCUGGAGGAUUUCCUUAACAAGGCGGGGGCUGGGAACGAGGUGGAAGCUAGGGUUCCGGCGCCGGGUGCCUUCGGGAUGGAGGCGGUCAUGAUGAAUACCGCCGCGGCGGAGGUUCAAUUCGCGCCGCCGCCGGCGGUGUGCGCGCAGAACGGGUUCGGCGUAGAGUUUGGGAACGGGAUGGCUGCAGUCGGCGGGAGCGGAAGGGGGAAGAGAAGGGUGGCCAUGGAGGAGCCACCGCUGGACAAGGCCACGCAGCAAAAGCAGAGGCGGAUGAUUAAGAACAGGGAAUCUGCCGCUAGGUCAAGGGAGCGAAAGCAGGCUUACACGGUGGAGUUGGAGUCUCUGGUGACACACCUUGAGGAAGAAAAUGCUAGGCUUGUUAAAGAAGAGGACGAACUGAACAAGAAGAGAUACAAACAGCUCAUGGAGAACAUAAUCCCGAUCGUAGAGAAGAGACGGCCUCCAAAGAUUUUGCGGAGAGUGCAUUCCUUGGAGUGGUAGGUGUUCUUCUACUCUAUUGGCUGACGAUAGGGUAAAAAGGUCAAUACAAAAACUAUUACUUUGGCCAGCCAACGGCAGCCGAGCCUUAGUAAUGUCGCAUGAGGACAUUCUGGCAACUGGUGCUUGAGAGGGGGAUUUUGUCCUGUAGUUAUAUCUACAGAUGGACUUUAGUUAUUGUUUUGAUGUUCAUUUCAUAAA